GAAAGUUUACUUUUUUUUUUUUUUUAAGAGGGUAUGAUGUGAAAACUAGAAACUUAAACAGGCAUUGAACUCCUUUGAUAGACAAUCGAUUUGAAGCCCUAAUUCUCUCAACUAAAGGGUAAUUUCUUCCAAAUUUGGGAUAACAUCACCCAAACCCACUUUCUCGAUUUUGUCGUGUCGGCCCAAUCAGGGGGUCAUCGUCGGAGCAAGGGCGAACUCAAAAUUGACAUUGGGGUUUACUGUGAACGCAAAUUCGAAGAUGGUUGGAGACGCUGCGAUGAGAGAUCCGUCGAGAAGUUAUUAUGGUAGACAGACUUUUUGGAUCCGGGAACUUAAAACUUCCGAUGAGAUUCGGGAGGUUAACUUGAAGAUAUAUUCUGCGUUUGAGGGUCUAAAGUCGUUUCCUUUCAAGAGGACAUUUUUUCAGUUUUGGCGACCGCUGGAUGACGGAGGAGGAGGAAGGCUGGUACUUGAAGCUAACCGUAACCCUUAUGCUGUUUCGCCUUAUAAUCGCCGUCUACAGGAUAAAUAUAGGGUUUCUUCUGCCAAGUAUCUAUUUAGUAUUGAUGAAAGAAAUAACAACCCUGCUUGGAUCAUAAGCGGUGGUCCAGUCGUCACUGCAUUCCUGAACCGUUUUCCAGAGGUGGUUCUGGACAUGAGGGAUCAUCAGGGGUCUCCGUUGGCUGUUUGCGGUUUGGAAUGUGAUCUAAAGUGUUGUGUCAUGCUACCUGUUUUUCAUUCUGCUUCUUCUGAAUGUGUCGGUGUUGUUGAGUGCUCUACGAAACAUCCCGCCCUUCUUCUUCCAAUAUUUAUCGAGUUGAAACGUGAACUAGAGAGAGUGAGUCUGAGCAUCUAUCAUGUACAAGGGAGUUGGCCAUACAAGACUAUAUCCGGCGAUAUGGAAGUCGCCAAACUCGAAAUUGAAAAAGCAUUAGAGAUUGUUUGUGAAUCACAUGGCUUGACUCUUGGUCAAGUUUGGAUCCCUUAUGAACCCAACACUUGUCAGAAGUUUCUAGUGAAACUUAGCGGGUAUUCUGUUUAUUUUGACGACGAUCCUCUGUCUUCCAUUAAAGACUUUUAUGAUAAGUUUGAUGUGAUUUCUUUGAAUACGGGUGCGGGGCUCGCUUGGAAGACACUUCAAACUCAUCAACCUCACCUGUGCAGAAACAUAUAUAAGCUGAGUGAUAAUAAGGGGGUAUUGGCGUUACUCUCGGCCAAUGCCAAAUCCAAAUGUGCUUCUUUCGUGAUAUGCUUGAGGAGCGCUCACACAAGAGAACUUGACUACUCGUUUGAGUUCUUUUGGCCUUGCACUCGUAACCAUAUGCUUCUGUUGGAGACUCUGUUAUUGACUCUUAGGAACUACUUGCCAAGUUUCAAGUUUGCGUCUGGUGAACAACUUGGUGAUGAAUUAUUUGUGGUAGAUGUUGAGAAUUCUUCUUUAAGCACACCGAUCAAGAUUCUCCCAGGAAACAAAUUAUCAGAAGCACCUAAGGCACUAAAUGAAACAAGGGCAUCAGUGGGUUUCAAGAGAACGGGUCCAAGUAACCUGAAUCCCUUGACCAGCGUCAACAAUCCGGAAGGUACUGAUGAUGACGAUGACGAUGACGAAGACAAUGAUCUAGCUAUAUUAGCAUCUUACAGAAACGAAUCCUUGUUAUUCUACCUCCCAAGCUCAUCCACAUUCGAAAAUGUUAUGGAGAAACUUAACAAGGAGUUUGAGUUGGAUCCAGCUCGGAGCUACAAGGUCCAGUACGAAGUUUCUCCGGGCCUAUGGUUUGGUCUGACAUGCUUAGAGAGUUGCCAGAGAAUGGGGCUCAUUAAACUCCGUGUGUUGCCUACCGUUAGAGAGGUAGGCUGGCGGUGGAUAACCAAUACUUGAUCGAUCUCAUUGCGUAGGAAGGUAAGGUAAAACUUAAAAUUCUCUGUAUUUGAUAUAUAUAUAUGUUUUUGAUAUGAUGUACGUAUGCUUUGAUGAUGGCACAAGGUAUUGACUUUUCUUAGAGGCUAAUUAAAUUACACAAAUUAAUGUUAAAAAUUUAAGACA